AUGCAGGCGAUGAAGAAGGGGAACGAAAACAAAAAGGACACAAACACGCAGACGGAUGUCCGUCUAAGCAACAUCACAUCAGCAAAGGCUGUGGCGGACUGUGUGCGCACCUCCCUCGGCCCACGUGGCAUGGAUAAGAUGAUUGUGGAGCCACGCGGCGAGGUGCUCAUCAGCAACGAUGGCGCUACCAUCUUGUCAAAGCUACAGGUGACACAUCCAUGCGCCAAGAUGUUGGUGGAGCUCUCCAAGGCACAGGACGUGGAGGCGGGUGACGGCACGACAAGUGUUGUUGUGCUUUGCGGUGCCCUUCUCCGCACCGUGGAGGAGCUGCUGAUGAAAGGCAUUCACCCCACGCAGAUAUCGGAGUGCUUUAACGAUUGUGCCAAGAUGGCGGAGAAGAUCCUUGAGGAUAUGAGCAUUAAUAUUGAAAUAGAGGAUCGUGAGACGCUCAUCAAGGCUGCAAUCACAUCAUUGAACUCCAAGGUCAUCUCACAGAACAGCGACUUGCUAGCUCCAAUGGCUGUGGAUGCCGUGCGAAGAAUUAUGCGUGACAAUGGUGAUGUGGAUUUGCGUGAUGUGCGUGUUGUCACUUCUCUCGGUGGGUACUAUAGAUGA